ACGGAUCAAACACAGUACACACGGGCAGUUGGGAAAAAGAUAACGGGGAGGAUGGCGACGGAAGGGGUGAAGAGAGGGGCAUGGACUGGCAAGGAGGACGAAACCUUGGCUUCCUACGUCAAGGCGCAUGGCGAAGGCAGAUGGAACGAAGUCCCCCAGAGAGCUGGUCUUCGGCGGUGCGGCAAGAGCUGUCGGCUGCGGUGGCUGAACUACCUCCGGCCGAACAUCAAGCGGGGAAACAUAUCCAACGAUGAGGAGGACACCAUCGUCAGGCUCCACGCUCUCCUUGGCAACAGGUGGUCGCUCAUCGCUGGCAGGUUGCCCGGCCGAACAGACAACGAAAUCAAGAACUACUGGAAUAGCACCCUUGGCCGGAAGGUGCUUCCCGCACCACAUUCCGCCACCAGGAUGGUUGCCACGCCAGACACCUCCGCCGGCUCCGGAUCUUACACAGAGGCGUCGGCAAGUCUGUCUAGCUCUGGACCUGGUACAAGCGACAAGGCUGCGACGCCGUCGCCGCUGCCGGCCACGCUGUGGGCGCCAAAGCCUGUGAGGCACACGGGGCACCCCUUCUUCCUCCGGGAUAGGCCGCCGCCCUUGCCGGUUGCGGAGACGCGAACCGUGGCCAACGGGGAUGCCUGCAGCGGCAGCAGCUCGGUGACAUCGGAGUUCCCGGCUGUACCGCCCUCGUUAGGCAGUGACGACUGGAUGCACGAAGUGAGAGGGUUAACAUUUCAGAAAGCAUAGGCUUUCCUACGCCCCUUAUCUAGCCACUCAUUUUUGUAUCGCGAUUCGUGCGAGUACAUUUGUUUUUUUGUUUCUCCCAUAUAGAACAACAUAUGAACUUCAAACUUGGCAGCUCAACAAAACAUUCUUCCUAGAAUGUGGGAAAAAAAAUUAGAAUUUUUCGUGCAAUAUAAAUACUAAAAAGUACAUUUUUUAAUACAAAAAAUCUAAUUUCGUAUAUUUAUGUUUAACAAAAAAAUCUGAAAGUUUUUUCUCACAUUCUAGUUAGAACGUUUUGGUGUCUUGCAAAGUUUGAAGUUCAUAUAUUGUUUUAUUUUGAAGAAACAAAAAAGAGAAAAUCUGAUGUACAAAGUUAGUUGUCUAGCACGGAUCUUAAAGCAAUGUUGGAGGGUAA